AUGGGGAACUCUAGUAUUAAGCAGCAUUAUGAAACUGCGUCGAAAACAGGUGUUUUACAAUUGUCUGAUUACAAGCUGAAAGAAAUACCUGAAGAAGCUCUCAAUUUAAGUGAUAAAUUAAGGAAUUUAGAUUUAUCGAAGAACAAAUUAUCAUCUUUACCCAAUGACGUAUGUAAAUUCAAGUUGUUAAAGCAGCUGAAUCUAGACACAAAUAGAAUAGAAACCAUUCCAGAUUCUUUAGGUAAUAUGAAGAAGCUUGAGAUGUUUAAUAUGUCUAAUAACUUAAUAACAUUCCUACCAGAGUCUUUUGCUAAGCUGAGUAACUUGAAACAAGUGUAUUUGAGUAAUAACAGGAUAAAGGAGUUUCCGACACAUUUGUUGGGUCUUCAUAGUUUGGAGGUUGUGGACUUAUCUCAUAAUAAGAUAACGGAGAUACCUAAAGGAAUGUCGGAGUUGUAUGCAGCCGAGCUUAAUCUGAGUCAGAAUGAGAUAUCAACUAUCAGCGAAGACAUGCAUCUGGCUCCUAGAUUGAAGAUAUUGAGGCUUGAAGAGAAUUGUUUGAGUUUAGAAGCGAUCAGGCCGAGUUUGCUGAGAGACUCUAAAAUGCAUACUAUUAAUUUGGAUGGCAAUUUGUUUGAACAAAAACAGUUGGUGUCUGUUGAAGGAUAUAAUGAAUACACGGAGAGGUAUACUGCAAUGAAAAAGAAAAUGUUUUGA